CGCGGCUCCCUUCAUCGGUGUCUCACCAGCAACCACCAUCCGCUAGCUAGUUUAGCAUCAGUGUGGAGGAGAAGCUAACCUACAGACAGACAUAUCUGUUCCCUCCUUUUGGUUAUGUAUUCUGCUUGAAUAUACUGAAGUUACCAGGCGUCCAAGUGAGUAACUCAAAGAUGCAGUUCAUGCUGUUGUUCAGCCGGCAGGGAAAGCUGCGGCUACAGAAAUGGUAUGUACCUCUGUCUGACAAGGAGAGGAAGAAGAUCUCCAGAGAUCUGGUCCAGACCAUACUGGCCAGAAAGCCCAAGAUGUGCAGCUUCUUGGAAUGGAGGGACCUCAAAAUCGUGUACAAGAGAUAUGCAAGCCUGUAUUUCUGCUGUGCCGUGGAGGAUCAGGAUAAUGAGCUGAUCACCCUGGAGAUCAUCCAUCGAUACGUGGAGCUGCUGGACAAAUAUUUUGGCAGUGUUUGUGAGUUGGAUAUUAUCUUCAACUUUGAGAAGGCCUACUUCAUUCUGGAUGAGUUCCUGCUGGGGGGGGAGGCUCAGGAGACGUCAAAGAAGAACGUGCUGAAGGCCAUUGAGCAGGCUGACCUGCUGCAAGAGGAGGCAGAGGCACCACGGAGCGUUCUGGAAGAAAUUGGGCUGACAUAAAUCCUCAUGCUGCAGUUCCUUCCUCCACCUCUAUGUCUCUCUCCUGUUGACUGUCAGUGUUGUAUGUAUAUAAUCACCAUCUAUGUAUUCUGUCAAGUACUAUCCAGUAAUGUCCUUUAAAUGUGGUGCCAACUGUGGUGUUGAUGUGUCUCCUCUGUACAAUCUCCCUCCCUGUAUUCUGCAGUACUACUAGCAUCCUUCACACCCCUAACUUCUUAAAACUCAAGAGUACAAUGUAGCGACGACAUGAAUCCCCAGCACCAUAUUAAGACCAUCUAUCAUCACUGAUUGCAGAGUUGUGUGUGCUGUUUGGCUUAAAAGUAUUUUAAAGGUGCUGUUGUAGACUCAGUCAGUACUUCUCAUGAUUGACCUUCAUGUUCGAGCCACAGAGCAUCAAAAUUCAAAAUAAAUAUAUACGCUGACAUCUGUGAGGGUCAUUUGAUAAACCAUUUUUGUGAACUAUCUUACAAUGCAUAAUUAAAAAGAUCUUGUUUCUCAAGAGCAAAAGCAAAACGUUGUUUAAUAUUAAAUACUGCAAACACAAACUAACAAUGUGCAAAAUUAGGAAAAGAUAUGUCAUUUGGCACUGGCAUCAAGACGCUUAUCUUGGGGAAAUAUCAAUUAAAGUCUUUAGGACUAUAAAAAUACCUUAAGAACAGCGGUAAGUUAUGACCUGGGUUUUUAUAAAUGAUCACUGGGAAAUCUUUAAAAAAAAAUCAGAUUCUUAGCUCUGUGACUGAGAUAAUGGUAACACUUGAGAAUAACCAGCGGGGGCGAGUGCUGUUGUGGGAAUCGCUGAAACUGUUACAAUCACACGGGUCAUUUCAACCCAACAAUUAAGUGAAAUGAAAAGACUUAUCAACAUCAGUGUUUAUGUAUGUAGGUUUGAACAAGUUUGUCUUUAGUGAUUCGUCCUUAAAAGUGAACCAUGUAUAUUUUACCUUUUGGUUAACGAGCAGUUGGUAAUUAGUCUUGUAGUGUUUCUAAAAAUAAAAAAAAGACUUCCUGACAAAAAAUACAGAAGUUCGCAAUGGCCUCUGGAGUAAAAUCUGGAACAGUAAAGCAAAGUGACGCAUACAGAAGAAAAUCUAUUUUAUGUAUACUUUAGUUUGGCUAAAAGACUAACAUACGACCAAAGAACACUGUGUUUUAUCUUCUCAAUGGUGUCUACAGAAAGCUCACAUGGAAGAAAAGGAAUUUAGAGGCGCGGGAUGUUUGACAGAACAUGUAGUGGGGGUUAUUUGGCCACAAUAUAGCAGUAUUAUUAUCAUCCCAAACAGUUUAAGGGCAGGUUUAUCCUGAAUUUCUUUAUGGAGUAGAAGCGAAAGAAGAUGAACUGCACAUAUCAGGGUACAUCAUUAAUAUUCAUCACCGUCAGCUUGUUCACUUGUCAGUAGGAAGCAGGAAAACAGGUCAACAAGUAAUGACUACAUUCUCAUCCAAAAAUUGUAUCUGCAUUCUUAAAACCACAAAGUGUUUCAUUUAACAUUCAGAACUAAUUAUUCAACAAGUACAUCCUGGAUUUGUGAAGAAUAAAUCACUUUUGUAUUAAACGCUGCCAAUUAAUUUGCCAUCAUUGUUUUCUUAUAUUUGAAAGUUAUUAACAAUAAAUGUAUUCCAAAAGAAA